AUGAAGUUUGGCUGCCUCUCCUUCCAGCAGCCUUUUACUGGUUUUGUGUUUGGUGGAGCCAAGAACCUGGAGACACGUUGGCGACCCCUGCUGAGGAGCCAUCAGAACUGUAUCAUUGCCACCCACAUUGCACACAGAGACUGGGAAGAUGAUUUCUGGUGGGAGCUGCUGGUGGAGAGGCUGGGGAUGAACCCUGAACAGAUUCCAACCUUGCUCCAGGAAGGGGAAAUGUUUGGCCAAGGUGUGGUAGCGGGGAAAGCACAUGAGUGUCUCUCUCUUUGUGAUCCUGUGGAAAUUAGACAAUGUCCAGAAAGCUUAUAUCCUGACCAGGCAGAGGAAGAGGAAAAUCAAGCUGUGCGGACUUACCUGAAGCACAAGUACCAGAUUUCCAACCCCACGUGUUUACUGGAGCCCUUGCCUAGGAAAAGCAGGUAG